AUGGCUAAAACAAAUUUAACUAAUUAUUAUGGUUCGUUUACGGAUGAUGAUUCAGGUAUUGGUUUGAAUUCUAACUAUUCUUCAUCUACAUUAAACGAAUCAUUGUUGCCAUAUGUUCCACAAUCGACAAAAUCGCCUCCAUUAUCUCUUUCUGCUACAACAACAAUGAUAGAAAAACGUUCGGAUAAUGUACCAUUCAUUAGAUUUGCAUCAGAUGGUAUUGUUGAACGUAUUCGUCCAGCAACAAUGAAAAAUAGUGAAAAUGGAGAUUUUAUUCUUUGUCGAACAGAUCGUGGAACAUAUAUUGCUCAUCGAACAACAAUCGUUCCUGAUUGGGUUAAUCGUCUCGUUGAAGAAAUCGAAUUUCAACAACGAUAA